GACGGUUACCUGUGCGCAGGUACUCCCGUUUGCGUGGGUGGAACACGCUGUUCGUGUGUGGCACGGACGAGUACGGCACGGCCACGGAGACGCGGGCGCUGCAGGAGGGGCUGAGCCCACGCGAGCUCUGCGACAGGUACCACCAGGUGCACGCCGAUGUCUACGCCUGGUUCCAGAUCUCCUUCGACCACUUCGGCCGCACCACCACACCCCAGCAGACCAGGAUCGCCCAGGACAUCUUCCAGCGGCUGCAGGCGCGGGGCUUCGUGCUGCAGGACACGCUGGAGCAGCUCAGGUGUGGCUCCUGCGGGCGCUACCUGGCCGACAGGUUCGUGGAGGGCACCUGCCCCUCCUGCGGCUUCGCCGAGGCCCGCGGGGACCAGUGCGACCAGUGCGGGCGGCUCAUCAAUGCCGUGGAGCUGCAGAACCCGCAGUGCAAACUGUGCCGGGGGGUCCCGGUGGUGACGCCCACCCAGCACCUGUUCCUGGACCUGCCCAAGCUGGAGGGGCGGCUGGAGGCGUGGCUGGAGCGCACCUGGGCGGCAGGUGAGUGGACGCCCAACGCGCGGCACAUCACGCGCUCCUGGCUGCGGGACGGGCUCCGCCCGCGCUGCAUCACCCGCGACCUCACCUGGGGCACCCCCGUGCCCCUCGACGGCUUCCGAGACAAGGUGUUCUACGUGUGGUUUGAUGCCCCCAUUGGGUACCUGUCCAUCACUGCCACCUACACCGAGCACUGGGAGCGCUGGUGGAAGAACCCCGAGCAGGUGGAGCUGUACAACUUCAUGGCCAAGGACAACGUGCCCUUCCACAGCGUCGUGUUCCCCUGCUCCCUCCUG